AUGAGAAAAGCUGUCAACGCAGUUGUGCAAUAUGAGAUCCUCRACCCCCUCCACCACUGUGGUGCAGAGCAGGAGGAAUGCAAGGAAUUGGCAAGUUCUAAAUUUGUUCAAAGAGCCACGGACAACAGCCAGAAACUUGUGAAGUUCCCGGUGGGGGAGGAGAAGGGAGCCUGUUGUGAACUGCACAUUCCAGAUGUCUUCAGCGGGCAUUGCUGCUUAUCACAUUUACUGCUUGGUCACAUUACAAAAUCUGCCUGUUGGUUUUCCAUUGUUUUGCAGUCCUCCAACUCUCUGAAGGCAUCGUACGAGGACUGGUUGGUGACGUACGGCUUGAGCGUCUCUCCCUUUCACCUGCGGUGGCAAACAGCUCUCUUCAACCGCCAGUUCUACAACUGGGGGAGAUGGAAACCCAGAUUUCUUUACUUAUGGUUCAGCAUAGGAAUGGUGUUUGGAAUAGUUGCCAUGUUUGGCUCUGUCAUUCUGCUUGGAAAGACCCUGCUGCAAACACUGACCCAGAUGCUCACUGAGGCUCCAAAGGCCCAGAACGAUCGUAUGCUGCAGGUUGUGGUGCCUGGUGUCAAUUUGCCCGUCAGCCAGCUGACCUAUUUCUUCUCUGCAAUCCUCAUCAGCGGUGUGAUACAUGAAGUCGGCCAUGGGGUGGCAGCUAUUCGAGAACAAGUACGAUUUAAUGGAUUUGGGAUUUUUAUCUUCAUUGUCUAUCCCGGAGCAUUUGUUGACCUCUUCACAACUCACUUGCAGCUGAUAUCUCCUGUCCAGCAGUUAAGGAUAUUUUGUGCAGGGGUGUGGCAUAAUUUUGUUCUUGGCGUUGCAAGUUUCAUGGUUUUGUUUUUGCUGCCAGCCAUUCUUUUCCCCUUCUAUUACACGGGUGUUGGGGCACUUGUCACUGAGGUUACAGAGGAUUCUCCUGCCAAUGGACCGAGAGGUCUUUUUGUGGGAGACCUUGUCACAAACCUACAAGACUGCCCAGUUUAUAAUGUGGAAGACUGGAAUUCCUGUCUGGGAGACAUUUCAGAGAAAUCMCAGGUCGGCUACUGUGUAAGUGCAGCCACCCUACAGCAAUUAAGCUUUCCAGCUAGAGUCUACAGAAGACUUGAUGGCACAGUUGAAUGUUGUAGUAACAACAGCCUCACAGAUAUUUGCUUUUCAUAUAGCAAUAAGUUGGACAACCAUCUGUAUGCCUGUCUGCCAGCACGAAAAAUUAUCGAAGCCAGCAAAGUUUGUCGAUCCAACAUGGACUGCCAUAAAGACUUUGUUCCAAGCUUUUGUGUGACUCCUUCUUUGGAGAACCAGACAAGGCUAAUCAGGGUAAAACAUCCACCCCAUAUGGACAUGCUAUAUGUAGGACACCCCAUGCAUCUUCAGUACACAGUAAGUCUCAGCAGUUUUGUACCACGACAAAACUUCCUAAGUAUCGAUCUGCCUGUGGUGAUAGAGACAUUUUGCAAGUACCUCAUCUCACUCUCAGGAGCACUGGCAGUUAUCAAUGCUGUACCCUGCUUUGCUUUGGAUGGUCAGUGGAUAUUAAAUUCCUUCCUGGAAGCCACACUCAGCUCCCUAAUUGUAGAAAAACACAACAGAGAGCUUGUUGGCUUUUUAAUUUUGCUUGCUGGUAGUGCACUUUUGGCUGCCAAUGUUGCACUGGGACUUUGGAUGGUGACAGCACGAUAGAAGRUUGGAUAUUCUUCCAUCAGUUCUCMAAGUACACAGAAAUAAUAAAUCUAUUGCCUUUUUAAAUUUGUCCAGUACUGAGAUUGAAAUAAUUCCCUUAAAAUGACAUUGAAAGAACAAUCAGCUGGUGGUUGCUGUUUUAAUUUAAAACUUUACAGCACCAUGCCUGUGGUCAUGGGAAAUGUAAUAGAAAAAAGUAGGAGCCUUUUUAUUUAUGCUUUAAGCUCUGUAUUAAUUUUGGAGAAAUUGCAUUUUAAGAUUUCACAGGAAAAGAUCAGACUUSAUAAAUUCAGAUAUUAAGUAAGGGAAUUAUUUUGCCUCAAACAUUUGUAAAGUGGGAGGACAAAAAGAUGUUUCAUUUUAUAAUGUGAGUAAUUGUCAGAAGWUCUGUGUGGGCUGUGAUAAUUUCUCAAUCAGCAUAGUUUUGAGUGACUUGUUUUGGAUUUUUUGGUCUGGUAUUCUACCAGACUGGAUUCUAGGAAGCCCUAAAGUCUGGUCUYAAAAUGAGGAAAAGCUAAAUGCUUACCAUGUGUUAAUGGGAAGAGAGCAUCYGUUUGGGUUAGUGACUUUCCUUUUCAGCUGGCCAAAAUGAUUGGAGAAAUGUCCUCAGGAUGAAGAUGAGAAGUCUGCUAAAAAUGAAGAAUGUGGGAGGAUAACAACGCCCACAUGUUUGUUUUGCUUACAGUUUCAGUUGUAUAUUAUCAUAGGCAGCUGAAGUUUUUUUUAAAGGCAAUAUUUGUCAGCAAUAGCUACAAGGUAACUGAAAUUCCAUUUCUGAGUGCUGAAGUAUGCUGUGCACAGUUUUCCUAAGUGAUCUGUAAUGUUGUGUGUUCUACUCAGAAAAUAAUMCUGUAUUCUACCUGUUCACAGUUAAAAGUGAAACCUAUUGUUUUUAUGGUGUCUAUCUUCUGAUGCUAUGCAUGUAAUAUGUACAGUAACUCACUGAUGAUUUUCUGUAUUUCAAAGGGUUGUUUUCCUUUGCUAGGAUUCAUUCUGUUCAAAGRUAGCUAACAAAGAUAUUUAGCUGAGGCUGGUCUUAGAUAUGAAUUGUUUAGAGGAAAAUUAUGAUUGUGAWUUGAACUAUUUAAACAUUUGGCUUUGUUCUCUGAGAUGAAUACAGACCAUACCCUUAUUCUUAAAUGAGCAGUGGAAGAACAGUCAGUGGUUUACUGAUACACUCUGAAGUUCUUUAAAUAUUUUAUACCCUGUAGGAUUAUGUAUUCAAUGUCAUGUCCUCAUGUGAUAGAUUGCCUAAUUUAUAUAAAUCAAGUUCAGUCAGAGCUUUGCCUCAGUAUAGGCUGAUAUUUAAACAAAAAUGCUCUAGUUUAGGAGCCUAAAUAUUUAAAAUAGGAAAUUUUUGAAAAAUACCCUGCAAUUUCUGCCUCAUACAGUGCUCCCCAUUGGAGCUGCUGCAGCUCAGAGUUCCUUUGCAGAAAUGGCCUUUCCAUCAGGAGGUGAAGUGGAACCUAAACUCACAGAUCCUGCAACAUUCAUGACCAGGUGAAAUAGGUUCUUCUGGCUCUUGAGGUGAAAGUCUGGGUAAUUUUCAAAGUGGGGCUGAGCCCAAUUCCUGGUGCUACUGCAUGGAUUCAUAACUGUGAUGUUUGCAUUUGCCCACUGAUGUGUACUUUUGCAGAGGAGCUUUAGAUACACUCCUUUCUUAAGAUGAUGCAAGCAGUAAUGAGAGASCACAUUUAUUUAUUUGCUGUUGGCUAGCUUACAUCCCUUUCCAGUGCUACCACAGGCUGGGUGGGCCCUUGAAGUUCACCUCUGUGGGGUGGCUGGCCCAUGCCUCUCCUUUUCAGUCAUUUCAGCCCAGGCAAAUCAGCUCAGGUCCUUGUAAGAAAGAGUAAAUCCUCCAAUUGACCCAGUGUGAGCUGGUGCCUUUGGGGACCUUUAAAAAUAACCCUGAAAAUCAAACUUGUCAUUACUUCUGGCAAACAGACAGAGGUUUCAGAGCAGCAGUUCUGAUGGUCCAUCUGCCAUUCCCCAUUCCUCCAGGAGCAGCCUGGUCCUUGCACAAAGCCUGGCUCAAUCUCUGUUCUACCCUGCUCUCUUCCUCAGUGGCUGUUUACUCAUCUGAGCUCUUCCUUCCUCUGUCUUGUCCUAUCUUCAGUGCAAAAAAGGUAAUUUGCACUUGGAAGUUUUAAUGUAAUUUAAUAAGAAUAUUUGCUUUCAAAAUAUGUCAAGUUGAUACUUUAUUUAUUCAUGUCGACUGCAAUGGCUUGGAACAAUCCUUUAACAUAGUGCCUCUCAUGGAGAUGUAGGCAACAGAUUUAGAAAAACCCAAAGUUUCUGAGCUUAAAAUUACAUCUAUAAUGAGGCUGGCAUGUUGUUCCUCGUUAUUUAGUGUGCCACCAAAACAUGAAGUUUUAUCAAACUAAGCUAAAGCCAGUUUACUUUACACAAUCACUGAAAGCCACAGUUUUACUAAGAAGAUAUUGGUCAUGGUUUUAGCAAAACAGACACACUAGU